AAUGGCAUGCACACGGUGAUUCUGCGCGUCAGACAGCCGCGGUCCCACUGCAGGGGUUGUGCUGCGUUGUGGUUUUCAUUUUUUUAAUUUAAUUUAUUCAGUUAUUCAUUUAUCCCGUGAGCUCCAGCAUCGGGACCCCGCUUGCUCCCUCUCUGACGGGGAAUGCGCGUGAGUGACACUAGGCUGCAAUGCAGUGCGCCGGCGACGCGCGGGUUCCCCUAUAUGGCUGUGGAUUAGCUGUAUGCUAAUAUCGAGAGGAGAGGAGAGGAGCGAGCCAAGAGGGAAGAGGAGCGGAGGCGCCGUGCGGCGAGCCGAGCGCGGGGGGUAGCAGGGUCUCAGCACGCUCCCGACGACCAGGCAUGGCCGAAGGAGACGGGGAGGACGAGAUCCAGUUCUUGAGAACUGAUGAUGAAGUGGUGCUGCAGUGUGUCGCCAGCAUCCAGAAGGAGAACCGCAAGUUCUGCCUGGCUGCAGAGGGACUCGGCAAUCGGCUGUGCUACUUGGAGCCCACGUCGGAAGCCAAGUAUGUCCCACCAGACCUGUGCAUCUGUAACUUUGUGCUGGAGCAGUCGCUGUCAGUGCGGGCCCUACAGGAAAUGCUGGCUAAAACAGGCCAGAACAGUGAAGGACCACGCGACCUGGACCGAUGGGCAGCACAAGGCGGGGGGCACCGCACCCUUCUGUAUGGUCAUGCCAUCCUCCUGCGGCACUCCUUCAGCGGAAUGUACCUAACCUGUUUGAAGACAUCUAGGUCCUUGACAGAUAAGUUGUCGUUUGAUGUCGGACUUCAAGAAGAUUCAACAGGUGAGGCCUGUUGGUGGACUAUCCACCCUGCCUCGAAGCAGAGGUCAGAGGGUGAAAAGGUGCGCAUCGGUGAUGACCUCAUCCUUGUCAGCGUGUCUUCAGAACGCUACCUGCACCUGUCCAUCUCCAAUGGCAGCAUCCAGGUCGAUGCCUCCUUUAUGCAGACACUGUGGAAUGUCCACCCUACUUGCUCUGGGAGCAACGUUGAAGAAGGGUAUUUGCUGGGUGGACAUGUGAUGCGUCUGUUUCAUGGGCAUGACGAGUGCCUCACCAUUCCAGGGUCAGACCAAAGUGAAGAACAACAGCGAAUUGUGAACUAUGAGAUGGGCAAAGCAGGUACUAAGGCCAGGUCAUUAUGGAGGCUAGAGCCUCUCCGUAUCAGCUGGAGUGGGAGUCAUAUCCGCUGGGGACAGCCUUUCCGCUUGCGCCACCUCACCACGGGCCACUACCUGGCAUGGACCGAAGACAAGGGGCUGGUGUUGCAGGAUAGGGAAAAGUCUGACACAACCACCACUGCCUUCUGCUUCAGAGCCUCUAAGGAAAAGGUGGAGUCCAGUCCCAAACGGGAUAUUGAGGGUAUGGGGGUGGCGGAGAUUAAGUAUGGCGACUCGAUCUGCUUCGUCAUGCACGUGGCCACAGGGCUGUGGCUGUCCUACCAGGCACCUGAUGUAAAAUCUGCUCGGCUGGGCCCUCUGAAGAGAAGGGCCUGUCUCCACUCGGAGGGCCACAUGGAUGACGGGCUGACACUGCAGCGCUGCCAGCAUGAGGAAUCACGGGCAGCGCGUAUCAUCCGCAACACCACCGGGCUCUUCAACCACUUCAUCAGAGACCUUGACAGUCUGAGUGGGAAGAACCGUGUGACGGUCACCCUGCCAAUUGAGGAGGUCUUGCAGACUCUGAAUGACCUCAUCACCUACUUCCAGCUCCCUGAUGCUGAGCUGGAGCAUGAGGAGAAGCAGAUCAAGCUACGCUCGCUCAAGAACCGCCAGAACCUCUUCAAACAGGAAGGCAUGCUGACCCUGGUGUCCAGCUGUAUCGACCGCCUGAGUGUGUACAACAGUGCAGCCCACUUUGGGGAGUGCGCUGGAGAUGAGGCUGGUGCUGCCUGGAAGGAGAUACUCAACCUUCUGUACGAGCUUCUGGCUGCCCUGAUCCAGGGGAACCGCAACAACUGCACCCAGUUCUCCCAAAACCUGGACUGGCUGGUCAGCAAGCUGGAGAGACUGGAGUCGUCCUCAGGAAUCCUUGAGGUUCUCCACUGCAUCUUAAUUGAGAGUCCAGAAGCCCUGAAUAUCAUCCAGAGAGGCCACAUCAAGUCCAUCAUCUCACUGUUGUAUAAACACGGCCGCAACCACAAGAUUCUGGACGUGCUCUGUUCCCUCUGUGUUUGCAAUGGCGUGGCUGUGCGGGCCAACCAAAACCUGAUCUGUGAUCACCUGCUCCCCAAGAGAGACCUGCUUCUCCAAACACGGCUGGUCAAUGAUGUCCAGAGCAUGAGGCCCAAUAUCUUCCUGGGUGUGAGCGAGGGUUCAGCCCAGUACAAAAAGUGGUACUACGAGCUGAUGAUUGACCAGGUGGACCCCUUCCUGACCAGUGAGCCUUCCCACCUUCGCGUGGGUUGGGCCAACACCAAGGGGUAUGCCCCUUACCCAGGGGGUGGAGAGGGCUGGGGGGGUAACGGUGUUGGGGAUGACCUCUACUCAUAUGGCUUUGAUGGCCUGCACCUGUGGUCUGGGCGUGUCCCACGGGCGGUGGCCUCCAUCAACCAACACCUGCUGACCUCGGAUGAUGUGGUGAGUUGCUGCCUGGACUUAGGUGCUCCCAGCAUCUCCUUCCGCAUCAAUGGACAGCCCGUGCAGGGCAUGUUUGAGAACUUCAACACCGAUGGCCUCUUCUUCCCCGUUGUCAGCUUCUCUGCCGGAGUCAAGGUGCGUUUUCUGUUGGGUGGUCGCCAUGGCGACUUCAAAUUCCUGCCCCCUUCGGGCUAUGCGCCAUGCUAUGAGGCCCUGCUGCCCAAGGAGAAAAUGCGGGUGGAGCCGGUGAAGGAGUACAAGCGUGACCAGGAUGGAGUCAGGGACCUGCUGGGCACUACCCAGUUCAUGUCCCAGGCCUCCUUCAUCCCUACACCUGUGGAAACCAGUCAGAUUGUUAUGCCUCCACACCUGGAGAAAGUCCGAGACAAACUAGCUGAGAACAUUCAUGAGCUCUGGGCUAUGAACAAAAUCGAGCUUGGCUGGUCGUAUGGCAAGGUGCGAGAUGAUAACAAGAGGCAGCACCCUUGCCUGGUGGAUUUCUCCAAGCUACCUGAAACUGAAAAGAAUUAUAACCUGCAGAUGUCUACAGAAACCCUAAAGACGUUGCUGGCACUGGGAUGCCAUGUUGUCCAGGUCAACAUCAAUGCAGAAGAUGAUCUAAAAAAAAUGAAACUUCCUAAGAACUACAUGAUGUCGAAUGGUUAUAAACCCUCACCACUGGAUCUUUCUGACGUGAAAUUGACACCUGGUCAGGAAGUUCUGGUUGAUAAACUGGCUGAGAACGCUCACAACGUCUGGGCCAAGGAUAGAAUCAAGCAAGGAUGGACCUAUGGCAUUCAGCAGGAUUUGAAGAGCAAGCGCAACCCACGACUGGUGCCAUAUGCUUUAUUAGAUGAGCGCACUAAGAAGUCGAACAGAGACAGCCUCCGUGAGGCUAUUCGCACACUAAUUGGGUAUGGAUACAACAUUGAACCUCCAGACCAAGAGAGCGCUGGCCAUGCAAGUGAGAGGCUGAGCAUCGACAAGAUCCGUUUCUUCCGUGUAGAGAAAACGUACGCUGUGAAAACAGGGAAAUGGUACUUUGAGUUUGAAGCAGUUACAGGAGGAGACAUGCGUGUCGGUUGGGCUCGACCAGGAUGCAGAUCCGACCUGGAACUGGGCAUGGACGACCAAGCCUUUGUGUUUGAUGGGUAUAGGGGUCACCGCUUCCACAUGGGCAGCCGCUUCUUUGGCCGUACCUGGCAUGCCGGUGAUGUGGUGGGCUGCAUGAUCAACAUGGAGGACAAGUCCAUGAUUUUCACUUUGAAUGGGGAGAUCCUUAUCACCAACAAGGGCUCCGAACUCUGCUUCGCUGACUUUGAGACAGAGGAAGGAUUUAUCCCAGUGUGUAGCUUGGGCCUCUCACAGAUUGGCCGCAUGAACCUUGGAAAGGAUGCCAGCACAUUCAAGUACUACACUAUGUGUGGUCUUCAGGAGGGCUUUGAGCCCUUUGCUGUUAACAUGAAUCGAGAAAUCACCAUGUGGUUCAGUAAACGUCUACCAACCUUUGUCAAUGUCCCAAAAGACCACAGCCAUGUUGAGGUGACCAGAAUUGAUGGAACAGUUGACAGUCCACCAUGCCUUAAAGUGACUCAUAAGACGUUUGGAACCCAGAACAGCAACGUUGACAUGUUGUACUGCCGUCUAAGCAUGCCUGUGGAGUUUCAUGCAACCUUCAGGAGCAACCCUUCAGUUGACAUAAAUGGAGUGCAUGAGGACGAGACCCAGAAGCCAAAACACAGACUUACCGGAAAGGCUCUGAAACACCAUGAAGAAGGAAGGAGGAUAGAUUACAGCAGCAUCACCACGUACUAUCACUCGGUGAGGGUGUUUGCAGGUCAGGACCCCUCCUCUGUGUGGGUGGGCUGGGUCACCCCAGACUACCAUUACUACAGCAACAACUUCAACCUCAGCAAAAAUCGAACUGUCACGGUUACGCUGGGAGAUGAACGGGGACGAGUGCAUGAGAGUGUCAAGAGGAGCAACUGCUACAUGGUGUGGGGUGGGGACAUUGCUUGCACCUCGCACUCUUCUACCCGCAGCAAUGUGGACCUGGAAAUUGGCUGUCUCAUUGACCUGGCCACAGGUCUUGUUUCUUUCUCUGCUAAUGGAAAGGAGUUGCCCACCUCAUACCAGGUUGAGCCCAACACAAAACUCUUCCCAGCAGUGUUUGUUCGACCCACUAGUCCCAGCCUCUUCCAGUUUGAGCUGACAAAGAUCAAGAACGCCAUGCCGCUGUCAUCUGCCAUCUUUAAGAGUGAGCACAAGAACCCGGUGCCGCAGUGCCCACCUCGGCUGGAUGUGCAGACCAUCAUCUCAGUGCUGUGGAGCCGCAUGCCAAACAACUUCUUGAAGGUGGAGACAGCUCGAGUUAGCGAGCGUCAUGGCUGGGUGGUGCAGUGUCUGGAACCACUGCAGAUGCUAGCUGUGCACAUCCCCGAGGAGAACAGGUGUGUAGACAUAAUGGAACUUUCAGAACAGGAGGACCUAAGGAAGUUCCACUACCACACCUUGAGGCUCUACUGUGCUCUCUGCGCCCUGGGCAACACCCGUGUGGCUCAUGCCCUCUGCAGCCAUCUAGAUCAGUCCCAACUGCUGUACACCAUUGACAACCAGUUCUUGUCAGGCAUGUUGCGUGAGGGGUUCUAUGAUGUGCUCAUCAGCAUCCACCUGGAGACGGCUAAGGAGGCACGUCUCAUGAUGAAUAAUGAGUUCAUCAUCCCAGUGACGGACGAGACACGCAGCAUCCGGCUCUUCCGAGAUGAAUCCAAGUUGCACUUGCCUCCGGGCGUGGGAUUGAGCACGUCACUCAAACCACGGCUCAGUUUUGUGCUGCCCUGUUUCAUCACUACCAAGCGAGAGCAGCACCUCUACAGCCCCAAAAUCCCACUUGACACUCUCAAGGAGAAGGCUAUCAGCAUGCUGACCGAGGCUGUACAGAGUGGGGGGCACCACAUCCGAGACCCAGUGGGCGGCAGUGUGGAAUACCAGUUUGUGCCCAUCCUUAAACUCAUUGGCACACUCCUUAUUAUGGGUGUGCUGGCAAGCGAGGAUGUACACAAGAUUCUGCUGCUCAUUGACCCUAAUGUCUUUGGUGAGCCUAAGGAGGAACAGCCUGCAGAGGCCAUUGAAAAGGAAGAGGUGACCAGCAAUGAGGAAAAGGCAGUAGAGGCAGGAGAGGAGGAGGCUAAGGAGCCAAAGCAGCCUAUUAAGGGUCUCCUGGAGAAACGUUUGCCCGAGUCGGUCAAAUUGCAGAUGUGUGAACUCCUACAUUAUUUCUGUGACUGUGAGCUGAAACAUCGCAUCGAGGCCAUCGUGUCCUUCUCGGACAGCUUUGUGUCCAAACUGCAGUACAACCAGAAGUUCCGCUACAAUGAACUGAUGCAGGCCCUCAAUAUGUCUGCCGCCGUCACUGCCAAGAAAACCAAGGAGUUUCGAUCCCCUCCCCAGGAACAAAUCAACAUGCUGCUGAACUUUAGCAUGGGAGAGGACUGCCCCUGCCCUGAAGACAUCCAGGAAGAGCUGUACGAAUUCCACAAUGAGCUGCGCCUGCACUGCGGAAUCCCCAUUGAGGAGGAGGAAGAAGAGCAGGACACCUCCAUCAAGGGCCGCCUGCUUGCUCUUUGGUACAAGAUCAAGGGGCCCCCACAGAAAACGGAGGAGAAGCCCAAGGAGAAAGAGCUUCCUGUUCCCACAAACCUUAAGGAGCUAAUAUCUCAGACCAUGGUGAGCUGGGCGCAGGAGUGUCAUAUUCAGGACCCUCAGUUGGUGCGCGUCAUGUUCAGCCUGCUACGGCGGCAGUACGACAGCAUCGGCGAGCUUCUGCGUGCCAUGCGAAAGAGCUACACGAUCAGCGCUGCCUCGGUGCAAGACACCAUCAACCUGCUGGCUUCACUGGGCCAGAUCCGCUCGCUGCUCAGUGUCCGCAUGGGCAAAGAGGAAGAGCAGCUGAUGAUUGAUGGUUUGAGUGACAUCAUGAACAACAAAGUGUUCUACCAGCAUCCCAACCUGAUGCGUGUCCUGGGUAUGCAUGAGACUGUGAUGCAAGUGAUGGUCAAUGUUCUAGGUGGAGGAAAGUCCCAGGAGAUUGCGUUCCCAAAAAUGGUGGCCAGCUGCUGUCGCUUUUUGUGUUAUUUCUGCCGCAUCAGCAGGCAGAAUCAGAAGGCCAUGUUUGACCAUCUGAGCUACCUCUUGGAAAAUAGCAGCGUAGGACUCGCCUCUCCUUCCAUGAGGGGCUCCACUCCGCUGGACGUGGCGGCUUCGUCAGUGAUGGAUAACAAUGGGCUGGCACUGGCACUGGAGGAGCCUGACCUGGACAAGGUGGUCACAUACUUGGCUGGCUGCGGGCUCCAGAGCUGCCCCAUACUCCUAGCAAAGGGUUACCCCGACAUCGGCUGGAACCCUAUCGAAGGAGAGCGCUACCUGUCCUUCCUCCGCUUUGCCGUUUUCUGUAAUGGUGAAAGUGUAGAGGAGAACUCAAGCGUCGUGGUGAAGCUGCUGAUCCGACGGCCUGAGUGUUUUGGCCCAGCACUCCGGGGUGAGGGAGGCAAUGGCCUCCUGGCUGCCAUGAAGGAGGCCAUCAAGAUUUCUGAGAACCCAGCGCUGGAUUUGCCUGGUGGUGCCCAGAGGAUCAGGUCUGAUACCUCUAUUGAGGAUGAAGAGGAGGAAGAGGUGGUUCACAUGGGUAAUGCCAUCAUGUCCUUCUACUCUGCCCUCAUUGACCUACUGGGACGGUGUGCCCCAGAGAUGCAUCUCAUUAACAAGGGCAAAGGGGAGGCUUUGCGGAUUCGUGCCAUUCUGCGCUCCCUUGUACCCACAGAAGACCUGGUGGGCAUCAUCAGCAUACCCCUCAAAAUGCCUGUGGUGAAUAAAGAUGGCACUGUGGCGGAGCCAGACAUGUCAGCCAACUUCUGUCCAGACCACAAGGCCCCCAUGGUACUGUUCCUGGACCGUGUCUAUGGUAUCGAGGACCAAAGCUUCCUGCUGCACCUGCUGGAGGUGGGCUUCCUGCCCGACCUGCGUGCCUCUGCCUCUCUGGACACGGAGGCGCUGAGCACCACAGAGACAGCCCUGGCCAUGAACAGAUACAUUUGCUCAGCAAUGCUUCCCCUGCUGACCCGCUGCGCCUCACACUUUGUGGGCACAGAGCACCACGCCACAUUAAUUGACUCAACGCUGCAUACCAUCUACCGGCUUUCCAAGGGCCGCUCCCUCACCAAAGCACAGCGGGAUGCCAUUGAGGAGUGCCUACUCGCCAUCUGCAAGUACUUGCGCCCUUCUAUGCUGCAGCAGCUCCUGCGCCGCCUUGUCUUCGACGUGCCCUUACUGUCAGAGUAUUGCAAAAUGCCUCUGAAGCUCCUGACCAAUCACUAUGAGCAGAGCUGGAAGUACUACUGCCUGCCCACUGGUGGCAGUAGUGGCUACGGCACAGCAUCCGAGGAGGAGCUUCUGCUUACCAAGAAACUCUUCUGGGGCAUCUUUGACUCUCUCUCGCAGAAGAAAUAUGACCCCGAGCUCUUCAAGAUGGCCAUGCCCUGCCUGAGUGCCAUUGCAGGGGCACUGCCUCCAGACUAUGUUGACGCCUCCAUCACAACCACCCUGGAAAAGCAGGUCUCUGUGGAUGCACAGGGCAAUUUCGAUCCCAAGCCCAUCAGCACCACAAACAUUUCACUACCCGAGAAGCUCGAGUAUGUUGUCAACAAGUACGCAGAACAUUGCCAUGACAAAUGGGCGGCAGAAAAGGUGACCCUGGGCUGGAAGUUUGGGGAGACAAUGGAUGAGAAGGCAAAGACACAUCCUCUGCUGAAAGCCUACAAAUCCCUCAUUGAGAAGGAGAGGGAGGUCUACCGCUGGCCUGUGAAGGAGUCCUUGAAAAGCAUGCUCGCCAUGGGUUGGAACAUUGAGAGGACGAAGGAGGGGGAAGCCAUGUUCCAGCAGCGUGAGAGUGAGAAGCUGCGCAAGAUUUCCCAGUCCUCCCAGCAGGGCAAUGGCUACAGCCCCAGUCCGGUAGACAUGAGCAAUGUGCUUCUGUCACGGGAGUUACAGGGCAUGGUGGAGGUAAUCGCUGAGAACUACCACAAUAUUUGGGCAAAGAAGAAGAAAGCAGAACUUGGAAGUCGAGGAGGCGGGACACAUCCCUUGCUGGUCCCCUACGAUACACUGACUGCCAAGGAGAAGGCCCGGGACCGAGAGAAAGCCCAGGAGCUGUUCCGUUUCCUGCAGAUAAACGGCUAUGCUAUCACAAGAGGUCUGAGAGACAUGGAGCAGGACUCGUCCUCUAUGGAAAGGCGCUUUGCAUACAAAUUCCUGAAGAAGCUACUGAAAUAUGUAGACUCUGCACAGGAAUUCAUUGCUCACCUAGAGGCCAUGGCUACCAGUGGGAAGACUGACAAGUCUCCACAUGAGCAAGAAAUCAAGUUCUUUGCCAAGGUGUUGCUCCCACUCAUAGACCAGUACUUCAAGAACCAUAGCCUCUACUUCCUGUCCUCUCCCAGCAAGAACCUGAGCAGCAGCGGCUAUGCGUCCAACAAAGAGAAGGAGAUGGUUACCAGUCUUUUCUGUAAACUGGCAGCUCUUGUCAGACACAGGAUUUCCCUCUUUGGGAGCGAUUCGGCCACCAUGGUGAGCUGUCUCCAUAUCCUGGCUCACACUCUUGACACCAGGACAGUGAUGAAGUCUGGCUCAGAGCUAGUGAAGGCGGGCCUGCGCACCUUCUUUGAGAAUGCUGCCGAGGACCUGGAGAAGACACUUGAGAACCUGAAGCUAGGGAAGUUCACGCAUUCGCGCAGCCAGAUGAAGGGGGUUUCACAGAACAUCAAUUAUACGACAGUGGCUCUGCUGCCCAUCCUGACUGCCCUGUUUCAGCACAUCACCCAGCACCACUUUGGGGUGGAUUUGCUACUAGACGAUGUUCAGGCGUCCUGCUACCGUAUUCUAACCAGCCUGUACUCACUGGGAACAGGAAAGAACAUCUACGUUGAGAGGCAGCUUCCUGCCCUGGGGGAGUGUCUAGCCACAUUGGCAGGAGCAAUGCCUGUUGCCUUCCUGGAGCCCCACCUCAACAUUCACAACCCCUGCUCCGUGUUCAACACAAAGACACCCCGCGAGCGUGCCAUCCUAGGCAUGCCAGACACAGUGGAGGAGAUGUGUCCGGAGAUUCCCCGACUAGAUGCCCUGAUGUUGGACGUCAAUGACAUGGCUGAAUCUGGGGCACGCUACACAGAGAUGCCACAUGUCAUUGAGGUGGUCCUGCCUAUGCUGUGCAACUACCUGUCCUACUGGUGGGAGAAGGGGCCGGAGAACACACCUGAGGGCAGCGGGGUGGCCUGCUGCACCACUGUCACUUCCGAGCAGCUCAGCGUCAUUCUAGGGAACAUCCUCAAGAUCCUCAACAGCAACCUGGGCAUCGAUGAGGCUGCUUGGAUGAAGAGGAUUGCUGUCUAUGCCCAGCCCAUCAUCAGCAAGGCACGGGCAGACCUGCUGAAGACCCACUUCCUGCCCACAUUGGAGAAGCUGAAGAAGAAGACCGUGAAGGUCGUGGCCGAGGAGGAGCUGUUAAAGUCUGACAGCAAGGCUGACACCCAGGAGGCUGAGCUGCUCAUCCUGGACGAGUUUGCUGUGCUCUGCCGGGACCUCUAUGCUUUCUACCCCAUGCUGAUACGCUACGUGGACAACAACAGGUCCAGGUGGUUGAAGGAGCCGGACGUGGACUCAAAUGAGCUUUUCCGAAUGGUGGCUGAGAUCUUCAUUUUGUGGUGCAAAUCACAUAACUUCAAAAGGGAAGAGCAGAACUUUGUGGUCCAGAAUGAAAUCAACAACUUGUCCUUCCUUACUGGAGACAGCAAGACCAAGAUGUCCAAGUCAUUUCUGGGAAAGUCAGGAGGCCAGGACCAGGAGAGGAAGCACAAGAAGCGCCGUGGUGAGUUCUACUCCAUCCAGACUUCUCUCAUCGUCGCAGCCCUGAAGAAGAUGCUGCCCAUUGGCCUCAACAUGUGUACCCCUGGCGACCAGGAGCUCAUUUCCCUGGCCAAGGCUCGCUAUGCCCUGAAAGACACAGAUGAUGAGGUCAAAGAGCACUUACGGCAGAAUCUGCACCUACAGGAGAAGUCAGAGGACCCUGCUGUGCAGUGGCAGCUCAACCUCUACAAGGAUGUGGUGGUUAAAACUGAGGAGCCCCCUGACCCUGAGAGAACUGUGGACCGUGUGCAAAACAUCUCUGCUGCUCUGUUCCACCUGGAGCAGGUAGAGCAGCCCCUGCGGUCAAAAAAGUGCGUUUGGCAGAAACUGCUUUCAAAACAGCGCAAACGUGCAGUGGUUGCUUGUUUCCGUAUGGCCCCACUCUACAACUUACCCAGGCAUCGCUCUAUUAACCUCUUCCUCAUGGGCUAUCAGAAAAUUUGGAUAGAGACAGAGACGUAUUCAUUUGAGGAGAGCCUAGUUCAGGACCUGGCAAUGUGUGUGCAGAAGUCACAGAAGAAGGUGGAUGAGGAAGAGGAGGAAGAAGCAGAGCUGCGUCCUGAUCCUCUUCAUCAGCUUAUUCUACAUUUCAGUCACAAUGCUCUCACAGAACGAAGUUACCUGGAGGAGGACUCCUUGUACAUUGCAUAUGCUGACAUGAUGGCGAAGAGCUGUGCGGAAAAUGAGGAGGAGGAAGAGGGCGCAGAGAAAGAAAAGACCUUUGAGGAGAAGGAAAUGGAGAAACAGAAGACAUUGUACCAGCAGGCCAGGUUGCAUGACCGAGGAGCAGCUGAGAUGGUCCUGCAAAUGAUCAGCGCCAGCAAAGGCCGACUGGGACCCAUGGUGACCUACACACUGAAGUUGGGCAUCUCCAUUCUCAACGGUGGCAAUGUUAUUGUCCAGCAGAAAAUGUUGGAUUACCUGAAGGAGAAAAGAGAUGCUGGCUUUUUCAAGAGCUUGUCUGGACUAAUGCAGUCCUGCAGUGUCUUGGACUUAAAUGCAUUUGAAAGGCAGAACAAAGCAGAAGGUCUUGGAAUGGUGACUGAAGAAGGUUCAAUCAACGUGAGUGAGCGGGGUUCCAAGGUGCUGCAAAACGAUGAGUUCACAAAAGAUCUCUUUAGGUUCUUGCAGCUGCUCUGUGAAGGUCACAACAAUGACUUCCAGAACUUCUUGCGUACGCAGACAGGAAAUACCACCACUGUGAACAUCAUCAUCAGCACUGUGGAUUACCUGCUCCGACUGCAGGAAUCCAUCAGUGAUUUCUACUGGUACUACUCUGGGAAGGAUGUGAUGGACGAACCUGGCCAGCGUAACUUCUCCAAAGCCCUUGCUGUAGCCAAGCAGAUCUUUAAUUCACUGACUGAGUAUAUCCAGGGUCCCUGUAUUGGGAACCAGCAGAGUCUGGCCCACAGCAGGUUGUGGGAUGCCGUGGUGGGCUUCCUCCAUGUAUUUGCCAACAUGCAGAUGAAGCUGUCACAGGACUCAAGUCAGAUUGAGCUGCUGAAGGAGCUGCUGGAUUUGCAGAAGGAUAUGGUUGUCAUGAUGCUCUCCUUGCUGGAAGGAAAUGUGGUGAAUGGAACAAUUGGUAAGCAAAUGGUCGAUACCCUGGUAGAGUCCUCAAGCAACGUGGAGAUGAUCCUCAAGUUUUUUGAUAUGUUUCUCAAGCUGAAGGAUUUAACCACCUCAGACAGCUUCAAAGAAUAUGACCCUGAUGGAAAAGGGGUAAUUUCCAAGAAAGAGUUUCAGAAGUCCAUGGAGAACCAAAAGCAAUACUCACAGUCAGAGAUUGAGUUUCUCCUUUCAUGUGCGGAAGCUGACGAGAAUGACAUGUUCAACUAUCAAGAGUUUGUGGAACGCUUCCACGAGCCUGCUAAGGACAUAGGCUUCAAUGUGGCUGUGCUCCUCACCAACUUGGCAGAACACAUGCCUCAUGACUCUCGUCUUAGCACCUUCCUAGACCUGGCUGAGAGUGUCCUCAGCUACUUUGAGCCAUACCUGGGCCGUAUUGAGAUUAUGGGAGGUGCCAAGAGGAUUGAGAGGGUUUACUUUGAGAUUAGUGAAUCUAGCAGGACCCAGUGGGAAAAACCGCAGGUGAAGGAGUCCAAGCGACAGUUCAUCUUCGAUGUGGUCAAUGAGGGUGGAGAGAGUGAAAAGAUGGAGCUCUUUGUUAACUUCUGUGAAGACACCAUUUUUGAGAUGCAGCUGGCUUCCCAGAUCUCAGAACCAGAUACAGUGGAGAGACCAGAGGAUGAUGAGGAAGAUCUGCACAGCCUGCUUGAAGAACUGGAAGAGGAUGUUGAAGAGCAUGCUCUCGAGUCAUCCUCUGCCUUCUCUAUCGCCUGUGCCUCCAUGAAGAAGAACCUCUCCAGCUUUCGUCAGAUGCUCACUUUUAAGAGCAUGCGAAAGCAAUACAAGAAGUUCAGGAAGAUGAGCAUCAAAGAGAUGAUCACAGGUUUCUUUUCUUUCUUCUGGAUGAUCUUCACUGGCAUUUUUCGUUUCAUAUACAGCCUGAUUUGGGGCUUUUUCCACAUUUUAUGGACCUUCAUGUUUGGUGGAGGUCUAGUAGAGGGGGCUAAAAACAUGAAAGUAACAGACAUCUUGGGCAACAUGCCUGACCCCACCCAGUUUGGCAUCCAUGGGGAUGUGCUUGAAGCAGAAAAAAUGGAGACCAGUGACUCAUCUUCUGCAGUUGACCUUGUGCAGAUGGUUAAAGGAGACAAGGUGGAAGCUGAUCUUAUGACAGAAUUAUUAAACAUCCAACCCAAGAAAGAAGGAGGCAAACAUGGUCCAGAGCCUGGCUUAGGUGAUGUCUCCGAGAUUGUUGGGUCCGACGCCCCCUCACUAGCAAGUGCUGUACGCCAGAAAAAAGCUCAGAAGGAAGCUGCAGGCAAAGAGGUUGCUGAGAUGGAUCAGAAGGCAGAGCCAGAGAAAGCUGACACAGAGGAUGGUGAGAAGAAAGACAAAGCCAAAGAGGAGGUAUCAUCUGAACUCCCUGUGAAAGAAGAAAAGAAGGUCCACAAGAAAAGACAUGGCCAGAAGAAGGAGGAACCCGAGGCUUUCAUGGCCAGCUUCUUCUCUGGUCUGGACAUCUACCAGGCCAAGAUGCUUAACUACCUGGCCAGGAAUUUCUACAAUCUUCGCUUACUGGCUCUGUUUGUCGCCUUUGCUAUCAAUUUCAUUCUGCUAUUCUACAAGGUGACUGGUGAUGACUCUGAUGAAGAGGACUCAGACCCCUGGAAUGGUGAUGAUGAAGAUGAAGAUGAGGAUGGUAUGGAAUACUUUGUGCUGCAGGAGAGCACGGGAUAUAUGGCGCCUACUCUACGCUUCCUGGCUGUGCUACACACAAUAAUUUCUUUCCUCUGCGUGGUGGGAUACUAUUACCUAAAGGUGCCUCUUGUGGUGUUUAAGCGUGAAAAGGAGAUAGCCAGGAAGCUGGAGUUUGAUGGCCUGUACAUCACCGAGCAGCCCUCAGAUGAUGAUAUCAAGGGCCAGUGGGAUCGGCUCGUCAUCAACACACCAUCUUUCCCUAAUAACUACUGGGACAAAUUUGUAAAGCGCAAGGUGAUCAAAAAGUACGGUGACCUGUAUGGCGCGGAGCGGAUUGCUGAGCUGCUGGGUCUGGACAAGAGCGCCCUGGACUUCAACCCAACAGAGGAGGCAGUGGCGAAGGAGGCAUCUCUAGUGUCGUGGCUGAGCUCCAUUGACACAAAAUAUCACAUCUGGAAAAUGGGCGUGGUGUUCACAGACAAUCCUUUCCUGUACUUGGUCUGGUACACUACCAUGUCCAUUUUGGGACACUACAACAACUUCUUCUUUGCUGCUCACUUACUGGACAUUGCCAUGGGCUUCAAGACUCUGAGAACAAUCUUGUCCUCUGUCACUCACAACGGUAAACAGCUGGUUUUGACUGUGGGGCUGCUGGCUGUGGUAGUGUACCUCUACACUGUAGUGGCCUUCAACUUCUUUCGCAAGUUCUAUAAUAAGAGCGAGGAUGAAGAUGAGCCCGACAUGAAGUGUGAUGACAUGAUGACUUGUUACCUGUUCCACAUGUAUGUGGGCGUGAGAGCCGGUGGUGGGAUUGGAGAUGAAAUUGAGGACCCAGCAGGCGACCCUUAUGAGCUUUACCGUAUACUCUUUGACAUCACCUUCUUCUUCUUUGUCAUCGUCAUCCUGCUGGCUAUCAUCCAGGGUUUGAUCAUUGAUGCGUUUGGAGAACUGAGAGACCAACAGGAGCAAGUGAAAGAAGACAUGGAGACCAAAUGCUUCAUCUGUGGGAUUGGAAAUGACUACUUUGACACAACGCCGCAUGGCUUCGAGACACAUACCUUACAAGAGCACAACUUGGCCAACUACCUGUUCUUCUUGAUGUACAUUAUCAACAAAGAUGAAACGGAGCACACGGGUCAGGAGUCAUACGUAUGGAAAAUGUACCAAGAGAGGUGCUGGGAUUUCUUCCCUGCGGGUGACUGUUUCCGCAAGCAGUACGAGGACCAGCUAGGGUAGAGCGGGAACUGCAUCACCCUUCUGUUCCCCUUGGAUGGCUGAGCACUGAUCCAUGAUGAUGAUGAUGAUGAUGAUGAUGAUAAUUGUGAGAUGUUGCAGUCAGAUCAGCUAAUUCUCUACGGGUGCAUUCAGUUGUUUUGAAAUGUACAACAAAAACAAUAUGGCUUCAUCUUUAAUGAAACUGGAGACAAAUGUCACAAUGUCUUUUGUAUUAUGGAACCAUUUCACAUCAGUGUAAAGCAUUUUCCUCUUGUCUAAAGUAUGGUGCCAUGUGCCAACGUACGAGGAACUGCAAGUACCACCAACCCAGACAUUUGUUUCCUGUUAUUUGUCAGAAUAGCCGGUUCUUUUGACAACAUGUUGCCUUUCUGCUGCAUAACCCCGAGGCAUUGCACAAUUUUUUUUGUCUUUUCGAGAAAACACUGGGUCUUGUGGGGUUAUGGAAUGAGGUGUCAAUCUCUGCCCUAAUAUGCACAAGAAUUCUUUUAAUAUUCACAAAAUAUUGAAAAUGAGACUUAAUCCAAACAGGUUGUGUGAUUAGAUGUUAUAUGGAGGAAGAAAAUGUGUCGGUCUGCUUGCUGAGACAAAUACACUUUAAACAAAUUGAUGAGCUAAAAGGUUUAACAUGCUUUGAAAUGCCUACUAUCAAGUAUCCAAGUGCCUUACUGACAUGACAAAGCUAUGCAAAACCAUUUCUGUUCUUUCUAGAAUGUUAGUGCUGUAGUUCAGGAUUAGUGACAAGCAGAUGUAUUUAGGUUAGUUUUGUGGCUUUUGUUUUAAAGAAGACAUAAGGAUGAAAAGUGUGUCACUACUGUUCAACUGAGUUUCUUUGACCGCAGCAACCCAACUGCAAAUGUUCUUGAUAGAAUUAAAAUAAAUGCUAACAAAUCACAUUUCAGAAACAAUUCAACACCUUGAGUCAAAACUGAAAAACGCUAUUGUAUGGCCAUUGUAUGUAGAGCUUUGCUAAUAUGUGCAUUUCUUUUGAGGGGAAAAUAAAGAACCAGAUGCAAUACA